AUGUACGAAUGGGCGCUGCUGAAUGCGAAACGAUUUGAUGGUGAUUCUUGUAAAACACUGUUGAUUGAUAUUUAUCCUGCUGCUGCAGCAUCAAUACUUUCGGAAUAUUCUGUCACAUGUAAUGAUCAAUUGAUGCGAGAUGAAAUCGAUACUCUUUUAAAUGAUUGCGAAAAGGCUCUUGAAAUUUUAAAAUGUGAAGUUAGUAUAGUCGAAAAUAAUAAAACAUGCUACAACAUUUCUGAACAUCCUGUCUCCUUAAGCAGCUUGGAUGGUACUUCAGCAUUCAGCAGUAGGGAUGCACAUAAAGUUAGUAUUUUCAAUAAAGAUACUCAUAAUUUUAAUCGAAUUCGUAAAAUUCAGUGCCAUAGUGCUGAUUAUGAAGGCAUUCGAGGAUCUGUUGAUAUCCCAGAAGAAUCUGAGCGCUAUCCCGUACGUUCGACUCGAUCUUUCAAUAAUAUACUGGAUGUGGAAAAUCAUUUUGAGAGGACAUCUUUAGUGGAAACUUUAUCAAAUGACAAUGUUUUAUCAAAUAUGGCGGGAGAGAAAUUCGCAGAAAUGGAUGUUUUAAACGUGGAUGAGUUUCGCUAUGCAGGUCGGUCCGAUUCAGUUAGUCCUGCGCCUACGCAAUAUGAAAUACCCAUUACGAAAGACGAUGAUCAAAGGAUUUAUGAGGUGAACGACGAUGGGGAGAAAAUUAGAUGGCGUAAUUACUCCUGGUCACCUAUUAAUAAUUCUGUUGUGCCGAGUAUCUCUGCUUCAUUUCGUCAAGAAGAAGUUUCUUUUUUUGAUGAUAUUGGCUGCGCUCCUGUUACACUGGAUUUAACAGACAAGAUUAUUGCCUCUAUGUCUUCAAAAACUCUUCAUAAGCACUUAGAUCAACGAAGAUCAUCAACUUCGAUACCACCACCCGGCCCAUUAUCAAAUAAUGGUUGGAUUAGGCCUGGCUCUGCUAGAUUCGCUUUGGGAUCGAAAUCACGACCUCCUUUAUUGAGAAAUUUGAGCUCAGAUUUUUUAGAUCAUCGUUUUCCUUCAUCUUUCGGCGUUUGUCAUUCUCUCGAUGAAUCGAAAUACAGUACUGUUGAUACUUCACGUCCAGAAAGUUGCGUCGGAAGCGGACCAUUUAAAACAGACUGUUCAACACAAUCGGAACAAAUUUGCAUGAUCUAUGAUUGGCUAAAUCCAUCUAAAACAAGUAAUGCAAAUUAUCGUAUCGAAUGUACAGUUGUGCGUGAUUUGUUGGAUACUGAAAUUGAAUAUGUGUCUGCAUUGCGAAGAGUUGUUCAGGAUUAUCUACCGGAAUUGGUUAGAGCAGAUAUACCAUCGCAUUUACGUGGUAAAAAAUAUUGCGUUUUUGGUAAUAUCGAAAGAUUAUUCCAAUUUCAUGCGCACAAUUUUUUGCCUCAGUUGAUCUCUCGAUUAAGUUAUCAUGAAAAAAGCGAGUCGUUAUCAUUAACUAUUGGUAAAUUGUUUGUUGAUUGCUUGAAUUUUUUCAAUCUUUAUUCGCUUUAUGCGAAAAAUAAGCCAAAAUCAGACCAAUUGUUGCGUGAUUACGCUAACGACUUUUCUACGAUAUUCCACGACUUGAAGGACUUGUCGAUUCUAUUAAUGCGUCCUGUUGAAAGAAUUGCAAAAUACACUCUUGUGUUACAACAAUUGUUUAAUGCAGCACCACUGGACAAACUGAAUAUUAUUGAAAUUCUGGAUUCAGUUGUUGCUGAAAUAGGUGGGCAGAUUCGUCGUGGUUCUGAUUUGCUGGCAAUGGAGCGAAUUACUUGUUGUGAUUUAAAUUUGAAAGAGCAAGGCAAAUUGAUUCGUCAUGAUACGCUUUUCGUAAUCGAAAAGCAUGGAUUGCUUCAUUCAAAAAAACGAAUAAGGAGUUCAUUCCUCUUUGAAAAAUGUGUUGUACUAACAAAGCCGAAGUUACGGAAAUUAUCGAGGGGGUGCACUUAUGAUGAAUUGAAAUAUAAAGCUAGCAUUCAGGCGCAAUCACCAACUGUUCGAGAUGCAUGGAUAGGACAUAUACGAUGCAUUUUAUGGAAACAAGCAAUACAUAGUAGAGAAGAAAGUAAUCGAGAAAAGGCUAGCAUGGGUGAUGCAACUUACAUUCAUUUAGGGCCUAAUUCUUAUGCGAAUGUUUCUGACUUUGACUCAACAGAAGGAUCUCGUCGACCACGCUCGUUAAUUUCACUUUCGGUAUCCACAUGUUCUAGUUCAAAUAUUUUUCGAAUGAUAGGCUCACAUGAUGUUAAUUUGGAAUUGGAUAGAGUUGAAGAAAGCGAGGAAUUGGAGUUUUCUAACGAUUUGAACAAUACGGUUUCAUAUCGUAGAAAAAUCGAAGGAAGUACAUUGCCACGACAUUAUGCACCGCCCCCACCGAAAAUAUAG